ACUACUUUUUUUCUUGUACAAGAAAUUCUUGCGAGUGCUAUAUUCACAUUUGACUGUAUCGUUUCCUUCUGGCAAUGUCUUAAAAUAGACACUAGAGGGCGCUAGAGGAUUUCUUUUCGGAGUCAGUUUCUGCUCAGACGGAUGACGCAUAAACGAUAAGCACGAGUCUCUCGAGGCAAAUUUGCAAUGUGAAUGGGCGGAAUGAAAACAGCAGUCUCGAGGCAACUUUAAAUAUAAAAAAACAGUGACGCCAUGCCAGCAGCAGGCAAAACAACCAGUAUGGUACUGAUGUGAAUCAAGUGACAAACGUCACACUAAAUUUGCGUUUGACCCAAAUGUUUUUCCUGAUUGCGAAAUAUUAACACAAUCCAGCGUUUCAUGCAGCAUGUGCUUGUUGUUUAUAGAGGAGAUUGGGACGCUUGUCAUCCUGCAGUCCAGGAUAUCCUGUUGCCUGGCUGCAGGAAAAGUGCGCCGAUUUGCUUUCUGCGCGCUCACUUCCUUCCGACACAGCUGCUUUCGGACGGGAAGAAUUCCGGCUGCGUCCUUGGAAGUUCAUGGGUGGAAAGUUCUGGAUCUCCGGCCGUUCAAGUAAAGUUGCUUUUCAUUGAGAAACACUGGACGCCAAGAAGACAACAUGUCGCUGAGCAGGAGCUUGGAAUUGGAGCACUUCGAGGAACGCGACAGCAAGCCUCAUCGGACGCCGAAGGCUCCGGGCUCCCACGCCGGCGGGGGAAGCUCCUUCCGGCUCCUAACAGCCAGCCCGGCGCACAGCGCGCACUGCAGCUUCUACCGGACUCGAACCUUGCAGUCGCUCACCUCAGAGAAGAAGGCCAAGAAAGUCCGCUUCUACAGAAAUGGAGACAAGUACUUCAAGGGUCUGGUGUACGCGGUGUCGUCCGACCGCUUCCGUUCCAUGGACGCGCUCCUCAUGGAGCUGACGCGCUCGCUGUCGGACAACGUCAACCUGCCGCAGGGGGUCCGGACUCUGUACGCCCUGGACGGGGGCAGGAAGAUCAGCAGCUUAGACGAGCUUGUGGAGGGGGAAAGCUACGUGUGCGCCUCCAACGAGCCUUUCCGCCGCGUGGACUACGCCAAGAACGUCAACCCCAACUGGGCGGUGGGCUGCAAGACGGGCACGUCGCGCUCGCUGUCGUCGCUGGUCUCGCCGCGGGGCGAGCACCAACGCCAGCAACCCAAAGACUUCAUCAAGCCCAAACUGGUGACGGUGGUCCGUAGCGGGGUCAAACCGCGCAAAGCCGUGCGCGUCCUGCUCAACAGGAAGACGGCGCACUCCUUCGAGCAGGUGCUCACCGACAUCACGGACGCCAUCAAGCUGGACUCGGGCGCCGUCAAAAGGCUGUACACGCUGCAAGGCAAGCAGAUCACGUGCCUGCAGGACUUCUUCGGCGAUGACGACGUGUUCAUCGCCUGCGGGCCGGAGAAGUUCCGCUACGCCCAUGACGACUUUGCGUUGGAUCACAGCGGUAAGGCGUCCCCAGCAGCCUUUAUGAGCGAGUGCAAAGUGCUGAAGUCGUCCUCCGGUCGUUCCGUCACUCCCAACCGGAGGAGUAAGAGUCCGGCACCUUCGCGGCGCAGCAAGUCUCCUGCUGCAGCGAGGCGUGCAACACGCUACUCCACCAGUCAGUCUCCUGCCAGAUUUCCAGUAAACGGUCACGUGGCUAGGCUGAGGUCCGGCAAGUCGUCGGCGCCGUCGCCCAGCAGCUCCCAAAGUCUCCCUGCUCUCAAGUUGGUUCCGUCACAUCACAGUUCAAAUUCAAACGUCAGCGGCUCGCUCAACAACCACCAGGGGGAGACAACCAGUCCAGAGGUUGACGGUAACCAUAGCGACCAGAUCUCCCCCGCUAUCCUGGAGAAAUACAUCAUCGGGAAAGUCAUCGGAGAUGGCAACUUUGCUGUGGUGAAAGAGUGCGUGGAGAGGUCCACGGGAAGAGAGUUUGCCCUCAAGAUCAUCGACAAGGCCAAGUGCCGCGGCAAGGAGCACCUGAUCGAGAACGAGGUGUCCGUGCUCAGGCGGGUCAAGCACCCCAACAUCAUCAUGUUAGUGGAGGAGGUGGACACGCCUUCGCAGCUGUGUCUCGUCAUGGAGUUGGUCAAGGGUGGCGACCUAUUUGACGCCAUCACGUCCUCGGCCAAGUACACAGAGAGGAGCGCCUGCGUCAUGGUGUACAACCUGGCCGCCGCCUUGCAGUACCUUCAUGACAUGAACAUAGUGCACAGAGACAUCAAGCCGGAAAACUUACUGGUGUUUGAGAAGCCAGACGGCAACAAGUCGCUCAAGCUCGGGGACUUCGGCCUGGCGACGGUGGUGGAAGGACCUUUGUACACCGUGUGCGGAACGCCCACCUACGUGGCGCCGGAGAUCAUUGCAGAGUCUGGUUACGGCGUCAAGGUGGACAUCUGGGCGGCGGGCGUGAUCACGUACAUCCUGCUGUGCGGCUUCCCUCCUUUUCGGAGUGAGAGCAACCAGCAGGAGGAGCUGUUUGAACAAAUCCUACUGGGCCGACUGGACUAUCCCAGCCCUUACUGGGACAACAUCAGCGACGCAGCCAAGGAGCUCAUCGGCAAGAUGCUGCUGGUGGACGCGGAAGCUCGCUACUCGGCGUGGGACGUCCAGGCGCACCCUUGGGUGACGGAGGACGUCAACGCUGAGAACAACAUGAAGGCCGAGGUGACGGGGAAGCUGAGGACGCACUUCGGCUCGUCGGCCAAGCAAGGCAACGCCACCACCGCCGGCUCUCUCAUUAUGAAGACAGCCCUCGAUAAGGAGACCCUCCAGCUCGCCGCCGACCCGCCGCCAUCACCGGACCCUCCCAAAUCCCAGGAUGCUUCUCCAAAUGCCCCGAUCUCGUCGUUGUCGUCCUCGUCCUCCCCCGAAUGUCCCGUCAAGCACGUCGUCUUCCUACCGCUGACGUUCCCCUCGCCUCCGUCGACGCCACCCUUAUCCUCCGCUUCGCCCCCGUCACCCCCCAACAUUGCCGCCAUUGAGGGGACAGGAAUCACCCACGAGCUAGUGGAAGGGGUUUGAGAAAACAAGACUUGUUUGUAUUUAUUGAGGAAGGACUUAAGAGGAUGUAAUUGACUGAACGUUGCUGUCACAGUCUUGCAAAGCAGGAAUCACUUUCAUACGUGACACUUUUCAGAUUUUGCUUGAGAAUCGUGACACUGUGUUUAUACUGACUAUAUAAGGCCUUGCUUUAAUUAAUUCAUAUUCACAAAUGUGGGAGGAUUUACUUCUACCUUUAAAAUUCUGCCAUAAUAAAGUGGAAUGUUUUUUUCAUAAUAAAUUAGGAGUAAUUUAGAAAAAAAAAAUGUUCCCUUUACUAUGCAGUCCAGCUAUUUCUGUGCUUAUUUUUUUCUAUUGACUGUAUAUUCUUCUUAGUUGUGUAAUGUUGAUGACAGGCAGUAUGAAGAAGCUAGCAAGAAGUCAUUACAACGUCUAGUGUCGCCCUUAUAUUCCGCCCAGCAGUUUUUAGGGACGCUGUUGUAAUACUGCUAUUGGCCACAAGAGAGCAGCAAGCGCAUGUCUCGAGCAGAUUUCAGUAUACUGUAGUGUUGGCUCGUAAGUGAACGAUUCGUUCAAAAGAACGAAUCUUUUCAGUGAACGAGAGUAAACGAGAGUAAUACCUUCCUAAA